UUAUCACUCCGAAGGUUGAAUAACAAGUUUCAUUUCUAGUCCUAAAAUUUUAUUUUAUUUAAAAAAUUUUCGUUUAUUUUGGAUAUUGGAAAGUUGAAUAGUUCCUGUGAAUCCUUUUUUGGGCCUUAAAGCACCAGAGAAAGCUCACUCAAGAGAGCCGCACUCAAGUCUCAGCACUUCCCCACUCACUCACUCACUCACUCACACAUACACGUACAGUUUUUGUCAUUAUCAGAGAGUAAGUAGAGGAAUCUACCUCGACGUAGCAAUCUCUAGAAACCACUUGGAGCGUUUCUGGUUAGGUUUUUGUGUUUUUUUAACUCUCACAUAGCUUUCGCGAGUGGAACUGCUGAGACCUCCUGCUUAAUUCUUCAACGACCGCUGAGCAAUUAGCAAGCAUUUCUGGUUCCUAAGCACACAAAAGUAUAGAAAAAAUAAAAUAAAAAUGCAGCGCAUUUUGAAGACCAGCACCACCCUGUUGCGUGCCCAGAAGAACAAUAUUGCUGGUGCCGUGGCCAAGUAUUCCUCCAUUCCUGAACCUCAGAAGUCUCCUGAAGUGCUCUACACAGGGCUUUUUAUCAACAAUGAAUGGCACAAGAGCAAGUCGGGUAAGACUUUCAAAACCAUUAACCCAGCCACUGAGCAGGAAAUUGCUGAAAUUCAAACUGGCGGCAAGGAGGAUAUCGACAUUGCCGUCAAGGCAGCUCGUCAGGCAUUCAAGAAGGGCUCCCCAUGGCGUCGUAUGGAUGCUUCGGAGCGUGGACGUUUGAUUUAUCGUCUGGCUGAUCUUAUGGAGCGUGAUCAACUUUACUUGGCUAGUCUCGAAACAUUGGACAAUGGUAAGCCUUUUGCCAUGUCCUACAAUGUGGAUGUGCCCAUGUCCAUUAAGAACUUGCGCUACUUUGCCGGCUGGGCUGACAAGAAUCAUGGCCAGACGAUCCCAAUGGAUGGUGAAUUCUUGACUUACACCAUGCACGAGCCAGUAGGUGUUUGCGGUCAGAUUAUUCCCUGGAAUUUCCCCAUUCUGAUGAUGGCCUGGAAAUUGGGACCAGCCUUGGCUACUGGAAACACAAUUAUUCUUAAGCCUGCAGAGCAAACUAGCUUGACUGCUCUGUACAUUGCACAACUGAUAAAGGAAGCUGGCUUCCCUGAGGGUGUGGUCAAUGUCGUUCCUGGAUUCGGAGACGCUGGCGCUGCCCUGGCCAAUCAUACUGAUGUGGACAAGGUGGCCUUCACUGGUUCCACUGAUGUGGGCAAACUCAUUCAGACGGCUUCGGGUAAAACCAAUUUGAAGAGAGUAACUCUCGAAUUGGGUGGCAAAUCGCCCAACAUUAUUUUGGCCGACUCUGACUUGGAUUGCGCUGUUGAACAAGCUCACUUUGGCUUGUUCUUUAACAUGGGUCAGUGCUGCUGUGCCGGAUCUCGCACCUUUGUGGAGGAGAAGAUCUAUGAUGAGUUUGUGGAACGUUCAGCCGAACGUGCCAAGAAGCGCGUCGUGGGCGAUCCCUUCGACUUGAAAACCGAACAGGGACCCCAAGUGAAUCAGGAGCAAAUGGAAAAGAUUUUGUGUUUGAUUAAGGAGGGCAAGAAAGACGGUGCCAAGCUGGUGGCUGGUGGCAAUCGCCCCAAGGAUACAUGUGGCUACUAUGUUGAGCCUACUGUAUUUGCCGAUGUCAAGGAUGACAUGACCAUUGCCCGCGAAGAGAUCUUUGGCCCAGUGCAGCAACUGAUUCGUUUCAAGAGCCUCGAUGAGGUAAUUGAACGUGCCAACAAUUCCGAUUACGGUUUGGCUGCAGGUAUCUUUACAAAGGAUCUGGACAAGGCCAACUAUCUUGCCAAUGGUAUCAGGGCUGGUACUGUCUGGGUGAACACCUACAAUGCGCUGGCCUCCCAGGCUCCCUUCGGUGGCUACAAGAUGUCCGGUCACGGACGGGAAAAUGGUGAAUAUGCCUUAUCGAAUUACACCGAAGUUAAGAGCGUUAUCAUAAAGGUGCUGCAAAAGAACUCCUAAGGAGCAAACAACCUCAACAUUGAUGAGAAGUUUACCCAAUUAAGUGACCAUUAAUUGGAGGUCAACAUCUGGUUAGCUUUAAGGCCCACAUUUACUCGAUCUACUUUUAAAUACCAACUUAAACUUAACUAUAUUGCUAUGGCCGCUUUCCAUUUGGCCAAAAAUUUAGCGUAAUAAACACAGAAAAUAAAUUUAUGAGUACACAAA